GAAGAGAACCAUGAAACCAGUUGCAAUUAUGUCAUCUCAGGCUGUGUCCGCAGAGGACAUCGAUGUAGACUUUUUGCCCAUUAUAUAUCAGUAUUUACGGUGUUUGGAAAAAGAGCAGACUGAUUUAUCCAGGGUUUCUCAAGAGUCAAGCCAGAAGGUUUUAGAACUUCAACGGAAAAUUCAGACUGCAAGGGAGCAGGUUUGUAAGCUUCCUGGAGUAGAGUACAGCAAGGAAGAACAAUUAAAGCAUCUUGAAGCCUUAAGGAAACAGUUGCUGUUGAAGAAACGGUUGCUGCUGAAGUACAAAUCCAAGAGUGAAACACAACAUUGAAAGUGCUGUUGAGGACAUGGUACUUCGAUACCUCUUAAACAGAAUCCUAAACAAUCCACAGAUAAUUGACAAGAUUGCCGAGUCGUAUCCAAUUAGACGUGCUGCUCAGCUAACAGCCUACGCCCUACAGAGAGGUAAAAUUGCAGCAGAGGAAGCUUUGGAAUCUGAAGCCAAGAAGCGUGUCUCUCGUUUCUCUGAGAAGUUUACUGAGGAAAUACAGAAGGGUUUCAAAGAAUUAGAACAAGGAAGACAGAAAAAGUAAAAUUAUAUUUUAAGAUUUUGAUUUUUAGCCUCUACUUUUUUCAUUAUAGCAUUAUGUCUGAAUCUUCACUUGCUGU